GAUUUGAUUAAAUAGGAUGUUGACUCCAGAUCCUUUAAAGAGAAUUAAAUUUCAUGAGAUCCAUUUACAUUCUUAUAUGAGAAGUAAUCAGGUGCCUUUUUAUUUAUUAAUGCCAUUUAAGGGAGAAGAGAAAUCAAUGAUGAAGUCUUUGAGAAAUUAAUUUAAAUACCUUCUGUCAAUGUGAA